AUGACGGCGCAGAUUCUCGCCUCGGAGCUUGGAAAUCUUAUACAAGAGAGUAAGAGAAAGCAUACAGAUCUUAGAAAUGCAGCAGAAAAGAGUCUAGAUGAGAUCAAGGGACUACGAUCAACUUCUGAAGCCCAAAUAGCUGCGGACCUCACUCAACGACCAAACUUCGUGACACCUUUCCUCAUUGCUUGCGGAACCAAAAACGUCAAAUUCACUGGAAUCGCAGUUGUUUGCCUUCAAAGAUUAGUUGUGUCUCGUGCACUUCCUAAAUCAAGGCUCAAAGAAGUUUUGGAGGCACUUCGAGAAGCUACGUCAGCUGGUCUUGAUGUACAAUUGAAGAUCCUCCAAGCAUUACCGUCACUUUUGCAAAACUAUGCAGAUGAAUUGAAGGGGGAGCUGUUAGCUGCAGCUCUAAACAUAUGUACCAUUCUUCAGGCAAGUAAGAAUGGGAUUGUUCUUAAUACAGCCGCUGCUACCCUUCAGCAGUUAGUUGUCUCUGUAUUCGACAAGGUGGUGACAGAAGACAAAAUUGCUUUGGAGGUGCCCACUAUAGGCGAGGCCCCAACCGAAGAUGGUGUCAUCCAACUACGUGCCGCCGCUUUGGAUGCUUAUAGAGUUUUCAACGACAUAUGCUUAUUGACGGAAGCUCAAAAGCCUCAGUUUCUAAGAUCAACAGGUCUCCCGCAAACCUUUGGACUCGAGCUAAUCGAAUCCGUUUUGACUAAUCAUGCCGACAUAUUCUUAUCGCAUCCUGAGCAAGCAAAUAUACUUCGAGUCCGAGUUAUGCCAUUCAUCAUCAGCGCACUCUCAGAGAAACUAAAUUUUGCAGUGACUGUCAGGAUCACAAGAAUUCUCUAUACACUUUUGAGAAGGCAUCUGAGUAUUCUAUCAUCUGAAGGCGAAAUGGCCUUAGGUCUGCUCACCCACAUGCUUGACCAUGAUACUGCUUUGUGGAAGCGAUCACUUUGCAUGGAGGUACUGAGGGGUAUUUUUGCCGAAGCAGCUCUGAUUAGGAAAAUAUUUUCCAUGUACGAUGCCCAAGGGGAGAAGAAAAAUAUACUACGAGAUCUUGUUGCAGCUUUCGUUAGAGUUAGCACGGAAAAGCCUGCCGUUAUUGGCCUUGGUCAUCAGUCCACAAUUCCAAUUGCCAGCCAGGGUAAUAGUUCAGACCAAGCAAUGCUCGAGGCUAGCGGUGUUCCUGGUAUCAUUAGCAGCACUGUGAGUUCGACUGAGCCAAGCGCUGGGGUCAGCGCGCAAUGGAGUACAAUGAGGGUACCGUGUAUUGAUCAGCUAGACAAGACGGAUGCACCAUCUAUCCCCGAAUCAUAUAUCUAUGCCCUCACUCUUGCAUGUAUUAGUGGCUUUUCCGAAGGGCUUGCAAAGUUUAUCCUGCCACUGACGGUACCUGAGCGGCCUCGAAAAAAGGGUCCAAGACAUUCUGAAAUUGAGUCAAAACUUUCAGAUUCCCGUUCUAGUACCCCUGAUAUCAAACCAAUCGAGAGAAGCUCAUCUUAUAAAAAGAAUCCAAUUCCUAUCAAUCCAUUAACACUUGAGGAUCAUCAUCUCUUUCAAGAGGUCAAGAUUUGCGCCGGUAUCGUCGACGAAUGUUGGCCUGCGAUCUUGGCAACUUGCUCAACAUUUCUCUAUGCGGCGCUGGACCAAGAGUACUACCAUGGCUUGGUCAGAUCAUUUCAAAAGUUUACUCACGUUGCAGGGCUUCUACGGCUUGCGACGCCACGAGACGCAUUCUUGACAACCUUAGGAAAGGCGGCAGUACCGUCCAAUGUCUUGACAGCCACUACAACUCAAGUACAGAGUCCAACGACGCCCACGGCGGAUAUGUCUUCUAGCUCCAGCAUUUUCAACAACGCAAGAGGGCUAUUGAGUGUUGAUAGCUUGGUGAGCAACCCUGAACGCAAUAGACAUGUACCCGUUGAUGCAUCUAGUUCGUCGCUCAACACACGCAAUUUGCUUUGCCUUCGCGCACUACUGAAUCUAGGGAUCGCAUUGGGACCCACGCUUGAAUCGGCGUGGGUGAUUGUUCUUGGUACAUUGCAACAAGCUGAUUUGGUAAUAUUUUCGAGUUCCAAAUCCGUGAGAACUCCCACCACACCAAGACCAGAAAUCCAGGAUGUUAGCAAUACUUCUGCAUUAUUGGCAAACUUUGGUACCGAAAUCAAAGCAGUCGAAACUGCUGCUACAAGAUUGCUAGAAAGUACUAUUGAUUUUCCUAAUGAACCAUUUGUGGCUGUCGUUUCAGCUCUUUGUGACUUGUUCAGCAAAGAGGAAAUCCUCAAGAUACCAGAAAAGCCAGUACCUUCUAGUCCAUCAUCACCUGAAGGAAGAAGGCCGUCUUACGCUCAUAAACGGGCCCAUAGUAUUGUUACAGCAAGUUCUACUCAGAAUCAAGAGGAUCUGUUUGCGUUGGCAAAAUUAGGCGAUAUCGCAAGCAUUAAUAUAGAUAGAUUGACGACACACGAGCCUGGCGUUAGCGGAUGGCAGAUGUUGACAUCAGAAUUGAUUUCUGCUUCUUGUUCUCUCACUGCAACACCUUCUGUCAGACUAAGAGCUGCGGAGAUUCUUGUUAGAAUUGUGAUUGAAGCGGCAACUUCCACACUCGCAGACUCCGAGGUUCGACGAGGUCUCGUCCAGACCAUGCUACUUCAAGCGUUGAGUCGUGCCCUGCAUCCACUUCAAAUGGAAGAUAGACAGGUCACUGUGGCCAUACAUUCGACCGAUGUCGAAGUCCACAAGACUAUUCUUGAGGGCCUCAAAAGUAUUCUUGAGCAAUGUGGAGAGAAGCUAAUCAGUGGCUGGGACAUUGCAUUUGAAAUCCUCGGCAGUGUCUUCAUCAAUUCUGACCGCGAAGCAAAAGUAACAUCUACUCGAUCUGCUAAAUUAGUCCGCUCUGCUUUCAAUUCUCUUCAACUCAUCUGUUCUGACUUCCUUUCGUCAUUACCGAAUUCUUGCUUUCUAAUACUUGUCGACACCCUUUACCAUUUCUGUACGCAAGAUGAUGAUCUUAACAUUUCACUGACGACUGUUACCUUCUUCUGGGUAUUGUCAGAUUUCAUCUCUAGUAGAACCAGUUCUUUUUCACUUAGCCCUGAUCUUAUUGAAGAUUCAACCGAGGAAGCUCUAAUCGAAAAAGCAUCUGGUGAUGACCGCGCCGUUUCAGACGCAGCUUUAUGGAUGCUUCUCUUACUACGACUCACAUCCGUUACAGCAGAUGAAAGAUUGGAGCUUAGAAAUAGCGCAAUUCAAACAUUGCUAAGGAUAUUCGAUGCAUAUGGAGAUCAGCUCAGCGCAGUAGCAUGGUCUAUGUGUCUGAAAUCAGUCAUUUUCAGAUUACUAUCCUCAAUAGAGGCACAUUUACAGUCUAUCACUGACCCUACGCCGACGCUUACAUUAUCUGAUAAAGACAAGAUAGGAUGGAAUGAAACUACUGUCGUGGUUUUGAGCGGCAUUACUAAUCUAUUGGCCGAUUAUUUAGAUGUCCUUACUGACCAUCCCACAUUUGAAAGCUCUUGGAAAACCCUUUUAGAACAUUUCAAGACGAUGCUGGAUUUCAAGAUUCUCGAAGUCAAUACAGCUGUCUUCAAGGCCUUACAACAAAUUCUUUCCCGUGGUAAUAUCAAAGAGGGCACGCGAACAAAUUUUACCCGAUCUUCAAUUGAUAUGGCAUGGAGUCUUUGGUCUGAUUCUCUGCCUUCAGUGAACAUCGAUGUGUUGGAUAAACGUGUUGACAACCAGGACUAUCUGGUUGCUUAUGUGUCUGCUCUUCAUGAGAUCUAUCGUCUUGUACAAAAAGACCUCGAUUCAAAUCGAGUCAAAAGAAUGCUUACUCUACUCCGAGAAGCUAUACAACAAGCGAGCGCUUCCACCUAUUCCGCAGAUAUUGAGUACCUUACACCACUACAGUCUCAAGUAUUAGAGUCGCUUAAAAUGAUUCGUACUGAUAUUCAGGGAGUCCCUGCUACCUUGAUUAGCCAGGUUGCCGAAUUUGUUGCGUUGGCUUUCGUGCCGAAAGAUACUACUUCUAACGUCCAGAGGCCAACAUACGUGGCUCUGUCCAAAGCUUCGAUGGUAUUAUCCGAAAAGCUCAUUCUGUCGCAUUCCUCGGAACCAGAUAUAUAUACGAGCGGUGCUGUAUCUUCUUCUUUGUCCGCGCUUGCGAAUCCCAUCGUUACAAAGUACUCGUUUCCUAUAAUCUCAAAGAGCAUAUCGCCUUGGCGCCAGGCCACAACGUCAGCACUUGCCAUCCUGGGUGCCAUUUUGCCAAUAAUGCCAACUAUUACCUUGAAUGACGAAGCCGUACGGUCUAUAUGGGCCUCGACGGUGAACAUAGCUAUUGGAAUUACUUCUGCAGAUUUUGAUGCUGCGGUAAAAUUGGCCGAUAUCAAAGAUGACCAGGAUUUCGACAUCGCAUCAUUCCUAACCUUGCGCGAGCUCAUCACGCCCGCACUGGGCUCCGAAGUCAUACCCGAUCGAAUUCGUCGCACUUACACUGAAUCACUUUUCCACAUGUCUAUCAUCCACCCUGCACAGCCCAGCGAGCUUCCGCAGCCCGGCCAGGAACUACUAGCCACCUUAUAUCAUCCCCGCAAAGGUCGCACUGUUGAUCCCAUCCCCUCACCCCGUGCAAAAAUGAGCUACGUUUGUUUUGAUGAACUUAUCUCUCUUGUCACUCUCAACGAUGGCUCUGUGCCUCGCAUUAAGCUUGCUCAAGCAGCUGCGCCAUACUUAAUACUCAGAUCAGGCCUCACUCUUCGCGCAUAUAUUGCUGAUCAACCACUGCGCGGUCGCAUGCCACAACCAUUGUCCCAACGCAAAGAACUUUUAUACAUCCUUAAGAAGCUUGUCGAGUUGAAGUGUGAAAGCGAGGCAAUCCCAGAUACACCGGGUGUGGAGAGUGAAGGCAAAAAACAUUUACAUCGCUUAUAUCCGUUGUUUGUGAAGGCAAUGAGAGCAGCAGCGAGGGAUCAAGAGGUUUUGGAAUGGAUUGGAAAAGCGUUAGAGGAGGUAGGGAUGGAGUUUGGGCUUUGA